CAAGGAUGCCUCAAAAUACUUUAAUGGGCAUGGAAGAUCGAGAAGAUGUCAGAGGUGAUGAUGUAAAGAAGGGAACUGGGGUCCAUAUAGCGACUCCUUAUCCUGCUAAGAAGGCUGGUAAGAGUGACAAAUCAAAGCAAGAAACUCCAAAAUCUGCUGCUACUCCAGUCGCUUGCAACACUUGUAGCAAGACAUUCAACUCGGAGAAGGGACUAGAAUCUCAUAGUAACGCAAAGCAGGCUAUAUCUCACCAUCUUAUACCAGCUGAGGAUGAUGACGACGAUUCUGAUGUUGAUCUUUUUGGAGAGGAGACAGAGGAGGAAAAGAAGGCUGCAGAAGAACGUGCAGCGGCUGUCAAAGCCUCUGACAAAAAGAAAUAUCCGGAAAGUCUUCAAUUUUGUUGGAUGUGAAUCCAUGGGAUGAAGAGACAGAUGUGGCAAAGCUUGAGGAAACCGUGAGGAAUGUCCAGAUGGAAGGCCUCUCAUGGGGAAUGUUUGGAUAUGGUAUCAAGAAGUUGCAA